CACUCCCACUGCUCCGUCUCUAAUUUUACUACGGUCCAGUUUCGACUUGGAGACAAUUAGCCUCGUGUCUGAGAUGUAUAACACCGGACAACUUCUGUUGUCCUUGCCUUGCUAUCUACUACAUCCGCCCAACCACUCAAACCACAUCGUAUCGCUCUACACUGCGCUACUAGCCAUACGAAAGUGUCUUCGUUUUCAGGAGCAGUCACUCCAGAUUCACCAUGGCAUGCCGAUCUAUGCAGAAGCUUUGACUCCAGAAAUGGAGUGUCAAGCGUGCACGAUCUAUGCUGAAAUAGGUUUGCAGAUAAUAGGCGCUGAUCUAGGUGGCAGCACUGCACCUAUGUGGUGUCGUGGCAUUGAAGGGGAGAUUGAAUCUGCAAUACAAAGAGGACUCCACUUAUGCCAUUCGUCGAGAACAUCUUUGCGGGAAUAUUAUUUCCAUCUUACUUUACUCCACUCUCACCUCACUCACCGUCAAGGGAACGUCAAGCUCUCGCGCUCAAUUAUAUCCCGACUGAAGACUCACUUAACUGAGUCAGAUCUCCCUCAUAUCCAUUACCAAAUCCUACUUUGCGAGCACGCCAACUACAUCACCCCACCCCCGAGUGGCUCACCUUCGGAUUCAGUCCCUUCGUCACCUCCCGCACCUUCAUUUUCGGAUAUCCGUUCAGCACUUGAUGUGACUCAGGAACUGGCACAAAGAGGUCGAUUCUUUGGCCAUCCAGAUAUUGUAAAGCUUUCCGUCGUUAUGCGACUAAGGACUCUAGUUCGUGGGGACAUGUGGCGUAGCCGUCCAGGGCAUGCUCCGGACAUGAGUGUGGAAGGGUGCAUCGCCGCAGCGGAGGCGGAACUGGGACUCAAUUUCGAGGAGGAAAGCCCGGGAACUGUGAGGAAUAGCGCACAAUCCUCGGGAUCGGCUUCCGUUGGACCAACCACGGCCCCAUUCUCACUGGUUGAAGCCACUUUCCAAGUUCAACUCCUUUACCUUUCUAUUUUAUUUUACACCCAAAUCGGGAGAUCUUCCGAUACCAGCACUCGAUUGAAACGUUUCCAUCCUCUCGUAGAUGCGCUGAACGAUGAUGCGUUCAGUGGUUCUGAUGGCACUGCUACACUGAAGAUUCAUUUGGAGAGGGACUACCCUUUGAUAAUACGUAUUACCCAUCCCCGCGUGUUCUACGAGGUUGCUUUUUCUGUCUCAUCGAUUUCGCGGCGGGACUCAAUUGGAGCGAAUCCGAAGCGUAAACGAUAUGCUGAGGAAGGUCUCAUUGCAUCAGCUGAUAUGAUAAACGAUGCUACAUUCCCCCCUUGGGCGUCAUUAACGGAUGCACAGUUAGUCGAAGAUCGUCUUGCCAAGGUGAAAGCUGAUUUACUUUGCGAGAUGACCGCGGUCUGCAUUUCCAGGAACGAAUUUGAGGAGGCCCAACAUCAUAUUUCGUUUCUCAUUGCUCACGCGCGGACAUAUUCGAUUUUCCCAUAUUAUGCACCUCGCAUUACGCUUCAUCAAGCACAUCUUGCCCAUGCCACACUCCAUGUCGACCGUGCUCUCAGGUGCUAUCGUGCUGCUGCCAUCCUUGACGGCGAUGUUGGGAAUGGCAAUAGGCCUUCCAGCGGAGGAAGGGCUCCCGGAUUUGUUGGAGUGGCGGCUAGGGCGGGAGAGGUUGCCUUACGCUUUGGUCUUCAAGCUCAAAGGAAACGGGACAAUCCGAGAAUGCAGCUCCGCAAUGAUCCUGAAUUGGAGGAAAUGGCAAGAACAGUCAUCGUUGAAUGUAGAACAUUUCCUGGAACUUUACGUGCAAUCGGUGAACUCCUUGAGGCGGUGACAUCACCUGAGAUAGUCAGGGCAAAGCAACGACUAAAAGUAUCUCUUGACAUCGCAACAACAGCUCAAGAUAAUCAUCUUCGUGCGCUUAUCGUUGCUUUGACAUCCGCACACUACCAUAAUACUGCAAGCGAGCAUGCCUUCAUGAUGCUCAAGACCGCCAACCGUCUAGCCGCCGGAAUGGGUGCAAGUAGUGGCACGAACCCAACGACACAAACAAUUGGGAAUGCGCCUUUGGGGCUUUGGAGUGGAGAACGACUUUUUGAGUUAUACAGGAAACAAGGUCAUGCACCAUCAAAAGAAGUUGAAACACUGAUUCAACGGACGCGGCUUUGCCAACAGGCAAUGCAAAUCCUUCCCUCCAGGCUGAACAUCAACACAUCAGCCCGCAUUCAAAUGGAUGAUGCGCUGCCAUUGGGCUAAACAAGAUUUGGUUGUACCUAAAUACCUGAAUUUGAUCUAAAAUACCCAACAAUUUCUUCUUACGUCAC